AUGGUCAUGGUUGCCGAGACCGGGGCGUCGGCGUUACGUGAAGCCGCGAGUGCCCUGGCGUCCUCGAUGCAGCCGCAGGUGGCCGCCGUCUUCUUCGUGUCCGCCGCGUGCACGGUGGCGCUGGCCGCCCUGCUGGCCGUGGCGCGCAUGCGCCCGCCGUGGUGGUGCGCGUGCCCCGUGUGCGAAGCCUACCUGACGGCGUCGUGGGCCGCCGACUACGACAACCUCUGCGACUGGUACGCGCACCUGCUGCGCACCUCGCCGGCGCAGACCGUCCACGUGCACGUCCUCCGGAACGUGCUCACGGCCAACCCGGCCACCGUCGACCACAUGCUGCGCGCACGCUUCGACAACUACCCCAAGGGCGCCCCGUUCUCGGCCAUCCUCGCCGACUUCCUCGGCCGCGGGAUCUUUAACGUCGACGGGGACGCCUGGCUGUUCCAGCGCAAGAUUGCCGCGGCCGAGCUCGCGUCCCCGGCGCUGCGCGCCUUUGCGGUGCGCGUCGUGGCGUCCGAGCUGCGGAGCCGGCUCAUCCCCUUGCUCCACUCUGCCUCCCGUGAGGGCCAGGGCAGGGUCCUGGACCUGCAGGACGUGUUCCGUCGCUUCGCCUUCGACUGCAUCUGCAAGAUCUCCUUCGGUCUCGACCCUGGCUGCCUGGAGCUGUCGAUGCCGGUGUCGUCGUUCGAGAAUGCCUUCGACAUGGCCUCCACGCUCUCUGCCAGGCGCGCCACCGUGCCCAUGCACAUCAUCUGGAAGCUCAAGCGCCUGCUCAACUUCGGGGACGAAAGGAGGCUCCGGGACGCGGUGCACCUCGUGGACACGCUCGCCGCGGAGGUGAUCCGGCAGCGUCGCAAGCUCGGGGGCGCCGCCUCGGGCAGCGACCUCCUGUCGCGCUUCAUGGGCUCCAUCAACGACGACAAGUACCUCCGCGACAUCGUCGUCAGCUUCAUGCUCGCCGGCCGCGACACCGUCGCCUCGGCGCUGACCGCCUUCUUCCUGCUCCUCUCUGAUCACCCGGAGGUCGCGGCCGCCAUCCGGGACGAGGCUACCCGCGUAGCCGGCGUCGACGACCGGCUCACGGCCUCCACUUUCAACAAGCUCAAGGGCAUGCACUACGUGCACGCCGCGCUGUCCGAGAGCAUGCGGCUGUUCCCGCCUGUGCAGUUCGACUCCAAGUUCGCGGCCGGCGACGACACGCUCCCGGACGGCACGGCCGUGGCGAAGGGCACCCGGGUCACCUACCACGCCUACGCCAUGGGCCGCAUGGAGUCCGUGUGGGGCCCCGACUGCGGCGAGUUCCGGCCCGAGCGGUGGCUCAGGAACGGGCGCUUCGUCCCUGAGAACCCGUACCGGUACCCUGUGUUCCAGGCCGGCGCGCGCGUGUGUAUCGGCAAGGAGCUGGCGCUCAUGGAGAUGAAGGCCGUCAUCGUCGCCGUGGUGCGGAGCUUCGACAUCGAGGCCAUCGACCGGAGCUCCCGCCGGCCCAAGUUCGCGCCGGGGCUGACCGCCACGUUCACGGGCGGCCUGCCAGUGCGAGUGCGCCGGCGAGCACGUGUGAGCGGGCACAACCCGCCAAUCUAA